UCCUCACCAACGGAGAGCAGUGGAGGAGGAAUGGAGGGAUGCAGCAAGAUCCGGCACAUAGUACGGCUGCGGCAGAUGCUGCGGCGGUGGAGGAUGAGGGCGACGGCGCUGUCGUCGUUGUCGAGGAGGAGGAGCGGCGGAGCGGCGCCGUCGGACGUGCCUGCGGGGCACGUGGCGGUGUGCGUCGGGAGCAGCUCCCGGCGGUUCGUGGUGCGGGCGGCGCAUCUCAACCACCCCGCUUUUCGGGAGCUGCUCCGCCAGGCCGAGGAGGAGUACGGAUUCUCCUCCCACCCCGGCCCCCUCUCCCUCCCCUGCGAUGAGUCCCUCUUCCAGGACCUCCUCCGCCUCAUCUCCUCCUCUUCGAGCUUCACAGAUUAUGAUCUCGAGGACUUCGACAAUCUCCCCCGCACUUCUUCCUGUUGUUGCCACGUAGGACGGUGGCGGCCCGUUGCCGACUCACUGCCGCUUCUGCACCGCCACCGCCUUCCUCGCGAAGAAGCCAGUCUGGUGAGCUGAACUCCUCGUGCAGACGAAGCCUUUCGCUUUGCCAUUGAAUAACAAUGAACCCAUCUCUCUCUCUCUCUCUCUCUCUCUCUCUCUCUCUCUCGCUCGACUCUUUCUUCUGUAUUCGUUUCACAUGAUGCCAUGUAUGAUUUGAUGCAAAUUUCUACGAAAGAAUGAUGCGAAUCGAACAAGAAUAAGAACGAAUCACUCUCACCAAGAUUCAACUUGACUGAUUUGUUCUACACAUUAUUAUCUUCACUUUUACUUAGGAUACGAGUCAUUCUUUUAAUGUACACACACGAUCCGAUUUUUUUGCUUGGAAUGGGCUUGUCAUGGUCCCAAAUUUUUGAGAGUGGUCCAUGGAUCGUACUCAAUCGAGGACGAGCUCAUGAAGGUGUAAUUCCAGUGGGCACAGUGGGAGCACUCAAUGCGUUGUAAUUAAUAGCCAUUAGAGGAGUUGACCUGCACGCCAUGCAGUGGAUAGAUGGAGUAAAAGGACUUCCCAUGCUCGUGAGAGAGACUACCAACAAAGAAGACUGGACCCGUCAAUGGCGAUCGCAUGAAAGAUGCUGAUGAGGAGCACGCCAUGUGCAUGCUCGGGACAAUCAAUACAUGGCGAAGACAGGGUUGAUGUACAGUCCGUGGACCUUCCUCUCCUCUCCUCUCUUGACCUUCUCACCCAUCAUGCACGUUGCCGUGCGAUCACAUGCAGCUUACGUGAUUGCAUACCCACUUGUGUCCGUAGCUCCAAGUGUCUCUCUGUGGCCCAGCCAUGAAUGGACUGUGCACAGUAGGUGUCUGUAUUCAUGGUGCUUUGAGAUGUGUA